UGUAUCUGCCGCGAGGUUUUUUGGCGGAGUAGAGAUGUUUCCCGACGGUUCGCCUCUUACGGUGGCGAUGGAGGAGGAAGAGUAUACUGCCAUAUCCAUGGAUGUAGAAGAGUCUCCGUCUCCGUCAAUUACACCGAGAGACCCGCCGAAGAUACAACGGCUAGAAGAGUCAGUGGUGAACCGUAUCGCAGCGGGCGAAGUAAUCCAGCGUCCAGUUUCGGCGGUUAAGGAGCUCGUCGAGAAUAGCCUCGACGCCGACUCAACCUCCAUAAACGUCACUGUUAAGGACGGUGGAUUGAAGCUAAUUCAAGUCUCCGACGACGGUCACGGCAUUAGACGUGAAGACUUACCGAUUCUAUGCGAGAGACAUACAACGUCGAAGCUGAGCAAGUAUGAAGAUUUGUUCUCUCUUAGUUCGAUGGGUUUUAGAGGAGAGGCACUUGCUAGUAUGACUUAUGUUGCUCAUGUUACUGUUACCACCAUUACCAAAGGCCAGAUUCAUGGUCACAGAGUGUCUUACAGAGAUGGUGUUAUGGAGCAUGAACCAAAGGCUUGUGCGGCUGUCAAAGGAACGCAGAUAAUGGUGGAGAAUUUGUUUUAUAAUAUGAUUGCUAGAAGGAAGACACUUCAAAACUCUGCUGAUGAUUAUGGAAAAAUAGUUGAUUUGCUGAGCCGGAUGGCCAUUCAUCACAAUAACGUUAGCUUCUCUUGUCGAAAGCAUGGAGCUGUCAAGGCUGAUGUUCACUCUGUGGUGUCGUCUUCAAGGCUUGAUUCAAUCAGAUCAGUCUACGGUGUGUCAGUUGCGAAGAACUUGAUUAAAGUAGAAGUCUCCUCCGGUGAAUCCUCCGGUUGUGCUUUUGAUAUGGAAGGUUUCGUAUCCAAUUCGAACUAUGUUGCUAAGAAGACCAUAUUGGUGCUUUUCAUUAAUGAUAGAUUGGUGGAAUGUUCGGCUUUAAAAAGAGCCAUUGAGAUUGUUUAUGCUGCAACAUUACCAAAAGCAUCGAAACCUUUUGUCUACAUGUCGAUCAAUUUGCCACGUGAACAUGUUGAUAUCAAUAUUCACCCAACAAAGAAAGAGGUAAGCCUUUUAAACCAGGAAAUCAUGAUCGAGAUGAUACAGUCAGAGGUUGAACUCAAACUGAGGAACACAAAUGACACUAGGACGUUUCAAGAGCAGAAAGUGGAGUACAUUCAAUCUACGUUGAAAUCUUCGAGAAGUGACACUCCAGUUUCUCCGCUUCCAUCUGGACAGAAAACACCGAAAGUUCCUGUGCAUAAAAUGGUGAGAACGGAUUCAUCAGAUCCAGCUGGAAGGCUACAUGCGUUUUUGCAACCCAAGCCCCAUAAUCUACCUGACAAUGUUUCUAGUUUGAGUGCAGUGAGAUCUUCUAUAAGACAAAGAAGAAACCCAAAGGAAACUGCUGAUCUUUCUAGUGUCCAGGAACUUCUUUCUGGAGUUGACAGCUGCUGCCAUCCUGGUUUGCUGGAGACUGUACGGAAUUGCACAUAUGUUGGAAUGGCAGAUGAUGUUUUCGCUUUAGUUCAGUAUCAAACACAUCUAUAUCUAGCAAAUGUGGUGAACCUCAGCAAGGAGCUCAUGUAUCAGCAAACCCUUCGUCGUUUUGCUCAUUUUAAUGCAAUACAGCUUAGCGAUCCAGCUCCUCUGUCUGAGUUGAUACUGUUGGCUCUGCAAGAGGAGGAUCUAGAUCCUGAAAAUUACGAAAAAGAUCAUCUCAAAGAAAGAAUUGCUGAAAUGAAUACAGAACUCCUUAAAGAACAAACGGAAAUGUUAGAGGAGUAUUUCAGCGUUUUCAUUGAUUCCGAUGGGAAUUUGUCACAGCUUCCUGUCAUACUCGACCAGUAUACACCUGACAUGGAUCGUGUUCCUGAGUUUUUACUAUGCUUGGGAAAUGAUGUUGAAUGGGAAGAUGAGAGGGCUUGCUUUCAAGGAGUUUCUGCAGCUAUUGGGAAUUUUUACGCCAUGCAUCCUCCUCUUUUGCCAAACCCAUCUGGGGACGGUAUUCGGUUCUAUACCAAGACAAGUGAGAAGAGCCCUCAGGAGAAUCCAGCUUUGGGGGGUAACGUCGAGAUGGAGUCGGUUCUUGACCAAGACCUUCUCUCAGAUGCUGAAAACGCAUGGGCACAACGUGAAUGGUCAAUCCAACACGUGCUGUUUCCGUCUAUGAGAUUGUUCUUGAAACCACCAGCCUCUAUGGCUUCAAAUGGAACUUUUGUUAAGGUAGCAUCCCUUGAAAAGCUGUACAAGAUCUUCGAACGGUGCUAAUCGAGUUUCAUUUGUGCUAACUAUGUUUACAGACCCUUAGUAAAAUACUAGAACCAGUUUAUGGUUUAAUUAAACUGUGGCACGCAUGGAUGAUAUCAACCAUAAUCACCAAACUUGUGA